AUGGCUUUCUUAUCUACCGACAAUCAGGCGGCCAUAAACAGAACCAGAGAUGCCUGCAACACCCGCAAUCGCGGUAUCUUCUGGCAUAUUCCCGAGGAAGCUCCGGCCUGUGCGUCCAUGCCCGCCGGGAACAUGACCAAAGUGAUGGAAGAGUGCUGCAAUGGCGCGUCGGUCACCCAGUAUGCGGACGGCUGUGGCAUCUACUGUCUCGCCAAUGGGCAAGACCCCUACAAGCUCGGGGACUGCAUCCAAAACCAGAACGCCUACGGACUCUACGGCUUCUGCACUCUUGGCUAUUUAAAUUCGACCACUACGGGCUCUAAGUCCACGUCCUCGGGCACUGCUACUAGCACGGCCUCGCCUGCUGCCUCGACUUCCCCAAACGCUGCCAUUACGAACCAGCCAAUCUCCAAGUCUGGCCUCGGACUGAUUGCCCUUCUUUUCGGUUCGGCUUUUAUGGCUGUCAUUUGA